UAGAUCAAUGAAUAUCUACCUUUAAUCUGUGUUUUACAUGAUUCGCUUCUAAUAGUCAAUAUUAUUAAAAGGCUGCAUGCUUUCAGUCAGCUAGUACUUGUAAAGGUGACAGAAUUGUGUUAGGAUUUUCAUGGCUAUUGGGGAGUACCUAGAGGGUUUCAUAAGACUCUGCUGUCCACAAUCUAGGACAUAUCAGCAAGUUGCCACAUGUGCUGGUACAUGUUUGUCAGAAAAUUAGUUCAAAAGUGCAGAGAGAAAUGGUUGGGAAGUUGAGCCCCUUAGCACUAGAUUCCGGGACACUGGUUCUCAAUUCUGUAUCAAAACUGCAGUGAACAACAUUGCUUGGCUUAUUAAAGAUUUGAUUUCUUUCCAGUGACAGCAUAUAACAUAUAACACGAUGUGAAGGAUUUUUUUUUUUCAAAAUGGUUUUCACUGUGAUAUUGGUCAUCCUAGUGCUAUGCCUCCUGUUUUAUGCUGUGUUGGAGGACUUGUACCUCUUCAAGUUCAAAAGACUACCCCCUGGGCCACUCUCCCUGCCUGUCAUUGGGGGAGUGCAUCUAUUGGGGAAGGAACCCUACAAAAAUGUCCUCAAAAUGAGUGACAAAUACGGAGACUUAUUUAGCCUGAGACUUGGAAUGCGCGAGCGGGUGGUUUAUGUGGUAGAUCCAGAAAUAAUGAAGCAGCUUUUCAGCUCCCCAUAUCUAGCUGAUCGACCCGAAAUCCCGUUCUUCGACAUCAUCUCACAAGACGGCCAUGGAAUUGGAUCUCGACCCUACGAUUUCAUCUGGAAACUGCACACCAGGAUUGUUCAUUCUAGCAUCAGUAAAGUCAUUCAGACCCAAUUGGAUGAUAUGCUUCACAACUCCUUAGAUCACUUGUUUAAAAUACUUGAUGACACGUGUGGUAACCCUUAUGCACCAGAAGAAGUUAUUCCCACCAUUAUUUUGAUGGUCAUGGGCAGUUCCAUAUUUGGACAUAAAUACAGCUCUGUGCAUGACCCGCGGCUGAGGCUUAUUAUUUGGCUGAAUGACCAGACUACCAGCGGUCUUAAUCCCUUUAAUCCAAUUAAUAUGAUACCUGGAUUAAAAUACAUCAGCUUACCUUUUUUCCCAAAUUACAGGGACCUAAACCAGGCCAAAGACAAAAUGCUUGCGGAGGAAUUUGAGCGCCAUUGGGCAAAUUUUGAUGGCAAUCUGCGAGACAUUAUGGAUACGGUCAUAAAAGAACUGAAAAGUGAUGAAAAUGGCAUGAAGUUAAGACAGGAACAAGGGAAGGACUUCCUACAACCCAAGGGUCUCCUUAUGUCUCUGUUUACAUUGAUAGUUGCAGGACAGCAAACUUUGGCUGUUAAUCUUCUCUGGAUGCUGCUUUACCUGGCUAAGCAUCAGGACUGUCAGGAAAAAAUCUACAGGGAGCUUAGAAAUAACACGGUGGGCCCUGAAGAUUUCGUGCACAUCGAAAACAAGGACAUGUUUCCCUACACAACUGCUUUUUAUAUGGAGACAUUGAGAUUUGUCACUUCAGCACACCUGGGAAUCCCUAGAACUGCCUCUGCAGACAUACCUAUCCGAGGGUACAACAUUCCUAAAGGUACAACAGUUUUCCCCAAUAUUUGGAGUAUGAGUCGGAGUGCCAAGUACUGGUCAAAUCCCGACGUGUUUCUCCCUGAGAGAUUUCUGAACAUUAAAAACAAAGACUCCCUCAGCAUUCCCGGCUUCUACAUUUUUGGGUAUGGUCGACGCCCAUGUACGGGACAUCAGAUGGGCAGAACCUGUCUGUUCUCAUUUCUUAGCAACAUUGUCAACAAAUUUCAUGUAUCACUUCCGGAUGGGGAGUACCCAGACAUGAAAGGAACUGCAAACCUGCUCAUUGAGCCACCAAAGUACAAGCUGUUAUUCAAAAAGAGAUACUAACUUACUCAAUAGCUACGAGGGUUGUUGGAAAAAAUUGCUGACAAAGUGAUUUACAGAGAAAUCACUGUGUACUUUGUAGGAUGCCGUAUAUAUUAUUUAAUUACUGUGUACUUUGUAGGAUGGCAUAUAUAUUAUUUAAUGACUGUCAAUUGAGAAUACCUAUGCAAAAAAUCGUAUGAAUUUAAUAGUUCAUUCAAAAUAUACAGCCAUUUUCACUCUGCAUGAAUUAGAUUUACAGAGCGCCAUUUCAUAUUUCCAUGACGUCAUGUGACGUCUAACAACUGAAAGGCUUUCCUGUUACUAUUUUUCAAAGUAAACACCUUUCAUUUCCACAAACUUUUUGUGUCAUUUAACCCAUCCAUAAAAUGCAGCUUCAUACCAUUAUUUGUCAAGAUUUUGCAUAAUGUCUUAUGUGGCAAAUCAUAGAUCAUUUAGGUCAGAAAAUCUCUGUCUGCAGUUUUAAUAAUUAAAUCAAAUUCCAUAAGAGCAGGAUCUGGAUUGUAUUGAGAGGAGGGGAGGGAGGUGGGGGUUCCAGAAAGAGCUCAAAAUAUCAGUCCUUCCAUCUUUAAACAUCCGAGUCCAUUUGUAAACCAUUGUCUUAGACAUAUGUGGGCCAAUCAAGCAGCAUCUAAGAACCUUUUGGUCUUAUCAGAGAUUUCCCCGCCUGCAUAAAAAAAUGAAGGCCCGGUGCUCCAAGAUGUCCAUUCACUUUAACGUUUUUGACAAAUUUUCAUGUGCGGAUCAUACAUAUUCGGCAAUAAAAUGGUCAGAAAUUCUUCAUUGAUUGAAAUUUUUUAAAAAUGAACUUCAUAAGUAGUUUUAAUGUCAUAUGAAAUAUCGUUAAUUUUUAUGAGUUAAAUGGUUUCUUAAUAAAGAAAAAAUGCAUACAAAAUAUAAAAAAAUCAAAAACUGACAUGCUCCAUGGAUCGUAUCUUUAUCAUAAUGAUUAAGCUGUAUAUUUUUUAUGGUAAAUUUCUUUAAAAAAAACAAAUCUUUACAU